AUGACACAUAGAGAGAAAGCGAAGGAAUUGAUUGCGCAAAGGGAUGAGAUUGAGCGAAAAAUCGGCGAACAGUUGGCGAUUUUGGAAGCGAAUAACUCGACGAUGGAUUCACCUUUGGUCGAUUCGGAAGGAUAUCCGAUUGAUAAGAUUGAUGUCUACUCGGUUCGUCAUGCUAGGCAUGAGAUCAUCAAACUAAGGAACGACAUGAAGGAGUUGACGAAUCAGAUUGCGACAGAACUCGAAGCGGCUCAUGAGCUCGAACCUCGUGCUCCUCAACAAUCGGACCAAUCGGCUGGCGCCGCUCAACCGUCGGUGCAUCGGACGUCGAACGAGGCGUUCGCGAGAAUCUCGAAUGUCGCCGACUCGUCGCCGGCGAAAGAAUGCGGAUUGUCGAAAGACGAUCUCAUCCUUCAAUACGGCUCACUUCAUUUUGGCAAUUUUCGCGAGUUGCGACAACUCGCUGAAAUCACCGGAGCUUCGGAGAAUAAGACGAUUCGAGUUACCGUAAUCCGAAAUGAGCGACCGGUUCGAUUGGAGCUCAAACCGAAGAAAUGGUCCGGACCCGGAUUACUUGGAUGUAAUAUUGUGCCACUAACCGGUCAAUCCAUGUGA